GCGACCGACCACGACGACCGAGGCCGACCCUCCCCCAGCGGCGAGCUCAAGCAUGCAGGAGUCCCCCGGCUCUGUAGGUGUGGACGGAGGAUACGCCAGCAACGUCCCUGCCUUCCUCACCAAGCUCUGGACCCUGGUGGAAGACCCCGAGACCAACCACCUGAUCUGCUGGAGCGCGACUGGCACCAGUUUUCAUGUUUUCGACCAGGGAAGGUUUGCCAAGGAGGUGCUGCCCAAAUACUUCAAGCACAACAACAUGGCGAGCUUUGUACGCCAACUCAACAUGUAUGGCUUCAGGAAGGUGGUGAACAUUGAGCAGAGUGGCCUGGUGAAGCCGGAGAGAGACGACACGGAGUUCCAACACCUCUACUUCCUGCAGGGCCACGAGCAUCUGUUGGAGCACAUCAAGAGGAAGGUGUCCAUUGUGAAGAGCGAGGAGACUAAAGUGCGGCAGGAAGACCUCAGCAAGCUGCUGUAUGAGGUCCAGGUGCUGCGCAGCCAACAGGAGAACAUGGAGUGCCAGAUGCAGGACAUGAAGCAGCAGAACGAGGUGCUGUGGAGGGAGGUGGUCUCGCUCCGGCAGAAUCACACGCAGCAGCAGAAGGUUAUGAGCAAGCUGAUUCAGUUCCUGUUCAGCCAGAUGCAAUCCAAUACACCCAACACUGUUGGAAUGAAGAGAAAACUGCCCCUCAUGUUGGAUGACGGCUCCACCAGCCCCCCGGCUUCCAAGUUUAGCCAUAGCCACCCCAUGGAGCCCCUGCAAGAGCCUUUCUACAUCCAGUCGCCAUCUACAGACACAGCCUCUUGCUCCAGCAGCAGCACGAUGACAGGAGGACCAAUCAUAUCAGACGUUACUGAGAUGUCCCAGCCAAACACCAUGGCCAUACAAAUGCAAACAGAAGAGACAAGGGAGAAGUGCAUGAUGCUCAUUAAGGAGGAGCCAGUGAGCCCUGAGGUCAGGGGUCGCCGGGAGGGUGUGGCCCUCGGUUCUUGCGAGGUGUGUGCCGAGCCCCCAGUCCUGCCCGUUGCUAUGGUACAGUCCGUCCUGGAGGGUCGAGGAUCAGGUCCAGUAGAGAGGAGGGCUAAGAGGCCGAUGAUGGAGAGGCCUGAGGUAGCUGAGGGUGUGGAGAGUGUGGACAUGAGUCUGGAGGAUCUACAGAUGCUCCUCCGGAACCACCAGCAGAGUCUGGAGCCCAGUGCAGCCACCACCACCAUGGACCCAUUUAAUUUCAGUCUUCCCCUGACUGAGUGGAACUUCACAGACAUGGAGUCCAACCUGAAAUCUUACAUGUUCCAGGCGCAGGAGGAGGACGCAUACAGCAGCGCUGGCUGUGAGGAACAGCAGUAAGGGAAAACACUCGUCUCCAGGCAACAACCAACAUGGAGAAAAACUUGGCCCAGCGUACUAAUGAGCCUGACUUGAUGGCUUCACGGUGCACACUGCUGUGGAUAUAAGACCUCACAUGGGAACACAACAGAACUGUUCAGAUUGGAUACCCAGAGCCGUUCCUUACGACCAGAACACUUCCUCUAUUCAGGACAACAGAUCAAGAACGUGGACAGCUCCUGGUCAGUUUUAUAAUGGCACUGACUCAAGACCUUGGCUCAAGGAAUGAUC